GACCAUUCUUCCAAAAGCGCAUUGGUGAUGUUGGUCGAGAAGGCCUGGCUCUCAGUCUUCGUUCUAAUUCACCCCAAAGGUGUUCUAUCAGGUUCAGGUCAGGACUCUGUGCAGGCCAGUCAAGUUCAUCCGCACAAGACUCUGUCAUCCAUGUCUUUAUGGACCUUGCUUUGUGCACAGUCAUGUUGGAAGAGGAAGGGGCCCGCUCCAAACUGUUCCCACAAGGUUGGGAGCAUGGAAUUGUCCAAAAUGUUUUGGUAUCCUGGAGCAUUCAAAGUUCCUUUCACUGGAACUAAGGGGCCAAGUCCAAAUCCUGAAAAACAACCCCACACCAUAAUCCCUCCUCCACCAAAUUUCACACUCUGCACAAUGCAGUCCGAAAUGUAGCGUUCUCCUGGCAACCUCCAAACCCAGACUCAUCCAUCAGAUUGCCAGAUGGAAAAGUGUGAUUCAUCAGUCCAGAGAAGGCGUCUCCACUGCUCUAAAGUCCAGUGGCGACGUGCUUCACACCACUGCAUCCGACGCUUUGCAUUGGACUUGGUGAUGUAUGGCUUAGAUGCAGCUGUCGGCCAUGGAAACCCAUUCCAUGAAGCUCUCUGCGUACUGUACGUGGGCUCAUUGGAAGGUCACAUGACUGUGCAGAAAGUCGGCGACCUCUUUGCACUAUGCGCUUCAGCAUCCGCUGACCCUUCUCAGUCAGUUUAUGUGGCCUACCACUUGGUGGCUGAGUUGCUGUUGUUCCCAAACUCUUCCAUUUUUCUAAUAAUAAAGCCGACAGUUGACUUUGGAAUAUUUAGGAGUGAGGAAAUUUCACGACUGGAUUUGUUGCACAGGUGGUAUCCUAUGACAGUUUCACACUGGAAAUCACUGAGCUCCUGAGAGCAGCCCAUUCUUUCACGUUUGUAGAAACCGUCUCCAUGCCUAAGUGCUUGAUUUUAUACACCUGUGGCCGGCCCAAGUGAUUAGGACACCUGAUUCUGAUCAUUUGGAUAGGUGUCCGAAUACUUUUGGCAAUGUUAUGUAUAUUCUUUUAAAUAUGUUACACUUAUGCAUUCUUAAUUUCCGGCAGCAAGGCAUCCCAUCCUCCGUCCUGCAAAUAUAUUUUAUUGAAUUUUACAGUUAAAAUCACAUUUGACAAUCAUACUUUGUUCACUCAGACCCUUCAUACAUGCACACAUCCACUCAUCCACACUCACGUGCACACUUGAGGAGAGAGGUGCACAUGGGCUUUAACAACUCAAGGUUUACAGUAUAGACAUUAUUAGGAAAAAGUACCCAGAUAUUGUAUAUAUCCAUCCAUCUUUCACUGGCUCAGGAUCAGCAUACGAUCCAGACCAUAGCAAGAUGGAUGAAUAUUCCUCGGCAUCAAGGAUCCUCAGGAAGUGAUUACUUGAUCACCUCCCGGGGACCUCUCCACCGUUCACACUUAAAAAAGAAGAGUAAAAUCAGAUUUUCGUGGCUUGAUCAGAUGCAAAAAAACACACAAAAAAGCAAGUAAGCCAUGACAAAACCAUAUCAAAAGUGACACAAAAAAGCAAUGGUAGUGUGGGAACGAUACAAAAAAUAAUAACAAUAAUAAAAGAGGAAUACAACUGCCAAAAAGAUACGACAAUUCUUUUUUUCCUUCCUCUCCUUCCCUUCUUCUAUCCGUCCUCCCUUCUGAAGGAAGUUUUAUUCCAGCCAGCAGUGUUUUGCUGCAAGCUGUUUAUCCGGCUUUCACUCUUGACUGUGUAUUCUGUUCUCCUUUCCCAUUGGCCAAUUCCACACUGGGAGGGUCUUCCAGGCAGGAAGGGGGGGAAGGCUGGGAAUGUUGCAGCCUGGACUUCAUGGGACGCUCUGGUUUCACUGUUGUUGAGGAGAAAUUGUCCAGAGUACAGAUACUUUAGGUAAAGAGAUGGAUCAGCUUUGACCGUGCGUAUCUUUUAAAGUUUUGUUUUUUCCUCAAUCCUCAUGUUGUGGACAUUUGGAAGUGCUGCCUUUAAGUGAGAGCACUAAGCUCACCAACCUAAAGUGCCUUUGAGAAGAAGUUGGUUGCUGCAUAUGGAAACCCCAUUUUAUUCUUGGGGCCAGCGAAAAGAUCACAGCUUACCUUGGGGCCGCUUUUCUGCACACCAUCAAAGUUAAGUAAUGGUCUGAAAAAGCAAGCAACCUUGCAGAGUUUCCAAAGAAAAGCCAAUGACUGGUGGUGUCUGACUGAUGGGUCAUCUCCACCUCAGUGACCCUCCAUCUGAUCCUUCCGCUCCAGCUAAUGGAGCACUCAUCAGCUUGUUUUAGGAGAGGACUUUGAGCACACAUCCAAAUCCUGUGAUCUGCCUUCUGCUUUCGGCAUACCGAGAUUGUCUUAUAAUAAUAAAAAGCAGUUUAUGAUCGACAUUGACAUGGCGUCGCUGAACCUUGCAUCGGGAAGAGACACAAAAUGGCUCACCCUGGAGGUGUGUCGACAGUUUCAGCGGGGAAAUUGUUCACGCAGCGAUGAGGAGUGCAAAUUUGCUCACCCGCCAAAGAGCUGCCAAGUGGAAAACGGGAGGGUCAUCGCCUGCUUUGACUCGCUAAAGGGCCGAUGCUCUAGAGAAAACUGCAAGUACCUUCAUCCGCCUUCGCACUUAAAGACUCAGUUAGAAAUAAACGGGCGCAACAAUUUGAUCCAGCAGAAGACAGCGGCUGCAGUGCUUGCCCAGCAGAUGCAGCUGAUGAUCCCGACAGCCGGUUUACAGACUGUGGUAAGUACCCUACAUGGUUCCUUUGGAGGAAGAACAUUUUCACCUUGUGUUUGUCUUCUCACUUCACAAACAACAUUUCCUCCUACACAGGGUCUUGGCACAAACUCUGGUCUGGGCUACGGUUCAUACUUAACACCCCUGAGCCACGGCAUGAGCCUGGUUCCCACAGAUAUCCUCCCCAGCAACCAGGUUCUUGUUCAAGGGAACUCUCCUGUCACAGUUCAGAGUUCGCCUUCUUCUUCCUCCUCUUCCCCCUCACAGAAGCUCCAGCGUUCUGACAAACUGGAGGUGUGCCGCGAGUUCCAGCGAGGAACCUGCGCCCGAGGGGAGACAGAUUGCCGCUUCGCCCACCCCAGCGACAGCCCAAUGAUCGACACCAUCGACAACACUGUCACUGUUUGCAUGGACUACAUCAAGAGCCGCUGCACCCGGGACAAGUGCAAGUAUUUCCACCCGCCCGCGCACUUGCAGGCCAAAAUUAAGUCCAGUCAACAUCAGAGUGCCAUGGCGGCCCAGGCCACAGCUGCAGCCGUGACUCAGUCGACUGCCAAAGCAAUGAAGCGACCCCUCGAGGCAACUGUAGACCUGGGCUUCCCCCACAGCAUCCUGCAACCUCUACCAAAGAGACCAGCUCUGGACAAAAGCAACUGGGCAAGCGCACUGUUCAGCCCCAGUUUGUUGCACUACCAGCAGGCUCUGGCCAACACACAACUGCAGCAGCAAACGGCCGCAUUCUACCCUGCAGGUUCUGUUUUGUGUAUGACUCCUGCAAACAGCCUCGAUCAUUCUGAAGUAACCACCAGAUCUCAGUGCCACAAUGCUGCAGUGGAAAAGCAACAACCCGUGUGUACAUACUGUGCUCACAGCGCACGUCACCUGCAGCAAGCAUGCUGAAUGCAUCACCAGUCAAUAGGAUGGAGUAAACAACUACAAUACACUAGCUCAUUUCUGGAUUGUACGUGGCACCUGUAAAGUUGUUGUAAUAUGCGUCAUAUUUAUACUACCCCCAGAGCAAUUGGGGAAAAAAAAGAUGCAGAAAUACAGUAACUCCAAAUUAAGGUAAUGUACUGGAUUAUAUACACACAACCUAUACUAACAGCUAUCGGUACAAACAUUAUUGUUAUGUCCUGACAUUGUAACGAUGUAAAUAGUCAAAUCAGAUGUACGUAUACAUGGUUUGGUAGCCAUGCUAGAGAUUGUUCAACUUUCUUGGAUGCUUCAUACAAAUGUAAUGAUUGUUUUACCUUGUGCCAGAUUAAAAUUAUUUUAAAGAAACUAGUGAAAAGCACUUAUAUAUUUAACUUAUAUCCAUAUGCUCUUAGAGAUGAAGUCCCGCAGGACUGUAUGGCCCUAAGCGUACAGCAGUGCUCCCCCCCCCCACCCACCUGGCGUGCCUUUGCAUUGCAUAGAAAGUCUGUUUGCCGAUAUUGAAUAUUGCAUAACCCAAUCAAACGUCACUGCUCAUGCUCUGCGAAGGCUGAGAUUCAACCUAUUUUUUUUUUUUUGCUUCAUUAUAGAAAAACAAGCUACUUAGAAUGUCUUUACCCAUUGAAUAUCCUCUAGUUAAAUGUAUAUUAGUCCAAGUGAAGUGUGACCACGGUGUGGGACUGUAACUCCAACUGUUCGAACACUGUCUUAUUUGAAUGUUACAAGUGCCUAAAGAGUUGUCAUUUUAAGGAGCUUUAGAUGAGCUUGACGUGUUGAAUCUAUUUAAAUCAGAUGUAGAAAGACGUCUUAAAUGCUUUGUGAAGACUCACGAGUCUAUAUGUACCCUCAUUAUUAGCUAUUCCUUAUUUUAUUGUAUUUCCUAUUUAAGAUGAGUUUGUAGUUUUCUUCCCCAGCAUUGUUUCUUAAUAGUUGAACGUGCAGAUAAUUAGAGUUUAAGGAAGAACGUGACGUGUAGUUAGGUUACUUGAAUGAGUACUGGGGUCAUCGUAUGAGUUCUGUUAAGCAAAUUUAAAUGUUAUUUUGUCACAGUAUGUUUGAUCCAUACAAUCUUACUUAAGAAGUUAUUAUUUUUAUUUCCUCUCCAUGAUGUUCUCUUUUUAUUGUGAAUACUUUGGAUUUUAUUGUUGCUGUCUGUAUGUAUGUAACUUUAAACAAGAAGACACUAAAACAUAUUUACUCUGUGAAUGUAACUUCUUAAAGCGGACUUUUUGUUGAGAUUCCUCCCAAAGUGAGGGAAAUGAUCUCAUUGCCUCCAUAAAAGUCGUCAUUGGUGUUCAGGUUUUUCGAGCUCCAAAAGACUGUAGGGUGGUUGAUGUAACAAAGUGCAUUGUAAGUGGGGGGGGAAAAAAUCCUUAUCUUGUUAGUCAUAGUUGUUUGUCUCUGUUGUUGCAGCGAUUCAAAAAAAACAUUAGAUUGUAUUGUCAUAUUUGACUUUAUUAUGUUAUAAAGUUGGACAGAAUUAAAUGCAUAAUAUGUGGAUUUACAUCUAGGGUGUGCAAUUUUUAACUCAUUGCAGCAAUUAAUCCACUCAACCCACCACGUUUCAAGUUUAUUGUUAAGAAAAUAAAGUUUUUAUUAUUAUUUCAAAAUACAUUUUACCUGCUACCAAAAAGUUACAUUUUGCUUGCCCAGACAAAAAAAGAAAGAAAAGAAUGUUCUGUGCAACUGACUGAUGGAAACAUUUCUUUUAAAGCACUUUCACAGCAGUCAAGAUGCUUUUUGUCAUAUUUGCCUUAGUCUUCAUUAUACACAUUUGAUUGCUUUUAAAUCCAAAUAAAAAGAAGAUUUUGGGGAAAUGAUGGCUGCACUGAUGAUGAUGAUGUCAUACUGCUAUAAAUGGUCACAUUAAAAUUGAUGUUGAUAAAAAAAAGGUACCAGUGUCAUCUGCAGCUUUUAACACCGGACCUAACUUUAAAAAUGCAUUCUCUCAUAAUAGUGAAGCUUGAUUUACUGUUGUGUAAUUAUCCAUUUCAUGUGAAUAGUGAUUUCUAAAUUCUGUAAAAAACAAAUACGAAAAAAAAAAUGUCAAUAAACACUGUCAAGUAAA